AUGCAAAACAUUGAUGCAAACCGAUUAGCCGUAUCAAAAGAAGAAUGUCCUCUUAAAAGACAGAAUUCCUGGUUUUUGGGGGAAAACUAUUUAUCUGAGUCUGUUCAUAUCUAUCUGUCUUAUUCUGUUAAUAUCUAUCUUAGUCUGUUCAUAUCUAUAUUUGUUCAUAUCUAUCUCUCUCUAUCUACCUAUCUGAGUCUGUUCAUAUCUUCCAUUCAUAUCUAUCUUAGUCUGUUCAUAUCUAUCUAUUUUAAUCUAUUCAUAUCUGUCUUAGUCUGUUCAUAUCUAUCUAUCUAUGUAUGUAUCUAUCUAUCUACCUCAGUCUGUUCAUGUCUAUCUGUCUAUCUCAUCUGUUCAUAUCUAUCUAUCAAUCUAUCUAUUUUUAUCUGUUCAUAUCUAUCUAUCUAUCUAUCUAUCUAUCUAUCUAUCUAUCUAUCUCAGUGUCUUAAUAUCUAUCUCUGUCUGCAUGUUCAUAUCUAUCUAUUUUAA